UAGCGCGUCAAUCAUUGAUCAUAAUUUAUUAUUUGCAUCGUGAAAAUAAGGAAUCUGAUGCUUUCACUUUACAGUAAACGAAAAACUGCACCAAUGGCUUUUACUUGUAGUGUUUGACGGAGAUACUUUAUGAUCGAUGUACGGUAGACAAAUAUAUUUAUGGUCUGUUUAUUACCUAUUUAAGAUAUUAACUAUAUCAUUUUGUUUAAACAUUGUAUCUACAUCUCAGCCUUUUAAUAUUUUGAUGUCUUCUUAUCAUGGACGAAAGAACGAAUUAAGUACUGUAUCGCGAGUGCGCCGUAAACUCCCGAACCGGAUGUUGCUCAAAUUAUCUGGCUACUUUGUUCGAAGAAACAAAGCAAAGAAGUGUUCGGGAGUGCGCGAAAGUGAAAGUUUUCAUGCAAGCACACGAAUUUGGUACCAUGUACCGGGCCACUCCCCUUAAGAAUGCUUAGAACUCCAGCUUCGAAGAAAGAAACCUUUCUUCCCUUUUUCUUUAGCAACUUAAAACUGAAGGAUGGCUUCGCCCUCCGGAUAAGAUGGACGGGCUGCCUCGGUAUCGGCCGUUACUGGCGGAUGGUCCAGCGAGUCAAGUGAGCUACUACAACACUGUCGCCGUCCGCAUCCGCCGCCGUGACGCCUGCGAGGGCGACAUCUGGUGGCUAGGCUACAUCCAGGAUAUCGACGGCGAGCGCGCCUUCAUCCACUUCGACUGCACAACAGCCGAAGCUCGCUGGCUGCACAUGCAGGACGUCUGGCCACUGCCGCCCUACCGUGACACAGAGCUGCGCAGAUUUGGUCGCCACAACGUUCCACUAUUUGCGGCACUGCGCGAUGAAUUUGAUGGACCACUUCGUUUCCGACCAGCCGUUGGGCUGACCAAGCUUAACGGUUGUGACCGGUAUUGUGACAUUUUUUGCAUCCAAACCGAUGGGUCCAGCAGCAGCAGCGCUGACCAGGACCCUGCCCCUGCAGCACACGAAGCUGGUAAUAUUGGGGUGGCCCACAAAAGCCAACUGGCCGGAGAAUUACCGCCCAGCGGUCCACCCUUGCUGGAGCGCCGCAGUGGUUUGUUGUACACCAAGCACUGGAUACCCUUCCCCCGCGCCAGCGCCCUGCUCAGCGAACCUUCCGAUAAAUUCCGCAUCAUCAAGCAUGUUCGUGACGCUCUUCACUGCAAACUGCAGCCAGUCGAUGGAAUUCUCUUCGACUGGUGCCGGUUUCAUCUGCGCACCGAAGCGGCGGGCUGCGUCUUCGUCAUCGUCGGACUCGCGACCGACGCGGAAUCGACGCACUGGAUGGCCAGAACCUUGUCGACAGUUCUGGAAACGCAUCUGGCCAGCCGCGCCCUUCUUCCGCCGAUUCACAACCAUCCAGCCUUCCGCGCCAGUGAAAACGUGCCUCUGGAAGCCGAUAUGGUCAUGGACACUGAUGCAGCGAUGCUGAGUGAUUUGACGCCUUGGCUGUUGAGUGACAUCUUGUCCCAUCUAGACGUUCAUUCCCAAAUGAGAGCAAAACGGGUGUGUGGCUUGUGGCAGCUGCUGCUGCGCCAUCCCCGGAUGCAGGAGCACGUCAGCAUCUCCUUCGAAAGCUGCACAUACCUGCAAGUCGACACCGACAACUGCUUCCGCGCGGCCUGCCUCCUCACCCGCUCCCUCAGCUCGGCGACCAUCAGUCUCACCCUGUUGCGGGUCGCCCCGCCGCGCGGCUUGCCCUUUUUUCUGCAGGCCAUCCUGGCAGCCAAGGAGAUCAGUCUGUCGGUGCUGGUGCUCAAAGACCACACUGACAUGGAUCCGCUGGCCGUUGGUCAGCAAAAACGGGCGCGGUUGAAGCACGGGGCACUGGUUCGUAUCAAUUUCUACUCGCACAUUUGCGACUUCGUCUUGCUGUGCAACUGGACAGCUGGUAAACUGUUUGGCCGGCAAAUGUACGACGUCUUUGAGGAAGGUUGCACCUACGCUGACUAUGAGCAACAGGGCGCCGUACACCGGCGUCCUCUGCCAGCGCACGAGCGUGAAUGGAUGCUGCGUCUGUCCAAGCGGUCAGUCGCGCCAGCCCAGCUGGCCAUUGACGAGCUGCAGAUCACCAUUCCCCAGCUGCUGCUGCCCUGCAGCGACGGCAAGAUGCACAUGACCAGUCGCUUCAUGUGCGCGCUGAACGACCGCUUCCCGCCGGUCACGCCGGAGAUGCUGGCAAAGGUCACGGCCGUCCACGCGCGCUGGCAGCGCACCCUCGACUACCCCGCCGACUGGCACACCAUCCGCAACUAUCUCCUGCUGUAUAGUGGCUUUCACCCCGACGGGAGACCGAAAUUCUGGGAUGAUGUCGAUCUGCGGUAUGUGGAUGUAUCCACCUGGAGCAAAAUGGCCGUAUACGGGAUCAACGAGCUGUUCCGCGUGUGAAAGCAAUAACAAAGUGGAAGGUUUUUUAAACCUUCCACUGAGUAACUGCAUCGGUACCCUGACCAACUGAUCUGACAUUCUGACCUAGUGACGCGGUAUAUGUAGCUGUACAGUAGCGAUGUGUACGUAAACUGACGGCUUUAUUCGUACUUUCUAUUAUCGCUCGUACGAGUACAUUCUUGAUUUUUUUCUUUUGUGUUUGCAUUUCCUUUGGGUUGUUUCUACGCGGAUGCGCCGUGAUAUAAGUCCGUGAGUGGCAGUACUUUGAUCAUCAGUUCUCUCAUUCUGACUUUUGGCAGUGUCGGAGUUCAGAACUAAAUUAUCGUCGGAGAUCCAGUUCUCGCUUCGCGUCAAUUCUUGGACUUAGCUAUGCCACAUUGAGAUUAUCAGCUCAUACUCUGUCGUUGAGCAGGUCGGUAGGAUGGAUUAUUACGGAUGGAUAAUACCAGCCAUAUCAGCAGCGACCAGAUCCAGAGGACCGGGAUCGAGGGGAGACGGAGAGUACCGUAAUCUGGGCAGUUUGCCCAGCACCAGAAUUUCGCCCCUGUCGCUGUCAACAUCUGCUAAGCGACCGACGGGUCCGACGCCCAGCCGGUUGGACACGCAAACAACUACUUCCUCUGUACAGUUAUUUAUUAUAAUUAUAAUAAUAUUAUUCAUUUUCGGUUAAAUUUUUUCGCUUCUCGUGUUACUUUUGCGGGUACAGUAUCUCUUGACUGGUCACUCAGCCGUCACUGGGUGGUUUCUUAUGCAGCCGAAACAUAACAAGUAUACAAAUGCAAGAAAAUAUAA